AUGUAUACCAAGACCACGUUUAUCUCGGCUCUUUUGGCCGUUGCCGAAGCCCGUUUCGGCCAGGAGCAAACACCCGUCGGUGAUAUCCAGGCUUUAGGUAGCUUCGGUAACCCGGGUGAAGCUGCCACUCUUGCUGGUGGUGUUCCAGGCGUGCUCCUCGCCGCCGCCGACCCAUGCGCCAAGCUUACUCUCGCCGACAAGAUCGUGUCGACUCUCGGCAACGACCCCCAGGUCAUCGCAGCAGCACAGAACCUCGUUGCCGCCGAGCAGAACUUCAACCCGUUCGCGGUGUCGAUACCCAGCAUCUGCGGUGAUGCUAGCCUACCUGCCACGGAAGAGCUCCGUGGUAUCGUCCCUCUAGUCGACCCUGCCGUAACAGGCUCGGACGUUGAGAAUGCCAACUCGGAGACUUCACUACAGUCUCCCUUUGAUGCUGCCGGUCUCAGUGUUGCCGAUAUUAUGACUGCCCAGGGCUUUUCCAACUUCACAGUGAAAGGAGCUGCUGCUGGUGGUAAUGCCAACACUGGAAACAACAACAACAACAACAACGGUAAUAACAAUAACAACGCUGGUUCUGGCUCAGCUACUACCGCCGCCCCUUCGGCAACUGCUACUGCUACUAAGUGCGUCAAAUCAAAGAGCAAGACGACCACUGCCGCUGCUGCCACCUCUACUGCUGCUUCCAACAACAAUAACAAUAACAACAACAGCGGUAACAACAACGCCAACAACGGUGGUGCAACCGGCCAAGCAGGUGCUGGUGCCGUUACUGACGCUGUUACUGGCAACUUCCCCGGUUUCCAAGCUUCAAGCCUUGGCCUCGACUUCGGUACUUGCACACCUACUGUCAAGUUUGAGGAGUCCCUCAACGGCCGCAAGGCGGGCGAGUUCACUUUCCAGGCUCAGGACCCCGUUGUUAACAAGGGCCAGCAGGAAGCUCUCAACCCCAACAUCAUCUUCAACCGCAUCUGCGACCAGCUUGGUAAUGUUUGCAACGCUGCUGCUGACGCCAUCGCCGCCUGCAAGACAGCUCAGGCCGACCUAGGUUCUGGUGCUAAGGAUGCCUCUACGGCUAACGCCUGGAACGAGGCUCUUGGCUUUGCCGGUGUUGACAUCAACCCCGACAACGCUCCUCAGCAGGGUCUUGUCGGCCACACAUAA